AUGGACGAACAUGACGAUGAAAGUCAAGGAAAUUCGUCUGGAAAUAGAGGACAGAAAAGAGGAAGAAGCAACGAAGAAGACGAUAGACAAGCGGCCCAAACAAAGAGAGUGAAGGAGGCUGAAGAGGCUGAAGAUGUUGAAGAUGGUGAAGGAGGCAACGAAGGAGCAGGAGCCCCACUUGCAGCCGAGGAAGGUGGUGAAGGAGGCAACGAAGGAGCAGGAGCCCCACUUGCAGCCGAGGAAGGUGGUGGAGGCGGCAACGACGGAGGAGGAGCCCCACUUGCAGCCGAGGAAGGUGGUGAAGGAGGCAACGAAGGAGCAGGAGCCCCACUUGCAGCCGAGGAAGGUGGUGAAGGAGGCAACGAAGGAGCAGGAGCCCCACUUGCAGCCGAGGAAGGUGGUGAAGGAGGCAACGAAGGAGCAGGAGCCCCACUUGCAGCCGAGGAAGGUGGUGGAGGCGGCAACGACGGAGGAGGAGCCCCACUUGCAGCCGAGGAAGGUGGUGAAGGAGGCAACGAAGGAGCAGGAGCCCCACUUGCAGCCGAGGAAGGUGGUGAAGGAGGCAACGAAGGAGCAGGAGCCCCACUUGCAGCCGAGGAAGGUGGUGGAGGCGGCAACGACGGAGGAGGAGCCCCACUUGCAGCCGAGGAAGGUGGUGAAGGAGGCAACGAAGGAGCAGGAGCCCCACUUGCAGCCGAGGAAGGUGGUGAAGGAGGCAACGAAGGAGCAGGAGCCCCACUUGCAGCCGAGGAAGGUGGUGGAGGCGGCAACGACGGAGGAGGAGCCCCACUUGCAGCCGAGGAAGGUGGUGAAGGAGGCAACGAAGGAGCAGGAGCCCCACUUGCAGCCGAGGAAGGUGGUGAAGGAGGCAACGAAGGAGCAGGAGCCCCACUUGCAGCCGAGGAAGGUGGUGAAGGAGGCAACGAAGGAGCAGGAGCCCCACUUGCAGGGGAAGAAGUCGAGAUGCCGUUUUCAAUCUAUGCGGACAUUCAAGGAUACGUGCGUGUCGCUCCACCAGGAGGUCUUGAAGAGUUUGGUUUAAACGAAGAUGGAUUCCUAUACCUUGCCGUGCCACCUAUCGAAAACGUGGAAGUAAUCGGAGAUGAUCAAUGGGAGCCAGUGGAGAUGGAACAGAUAGAAGAAAUGGAGGAGAACGUAGAUGAACCAGAACAGGAAGUCCUGGAGAACGAUGACUCAGCAACAGAAGAUGAGAAUUGA